AUGACUACCGAAAUCAAUGAAUGCAGCAUCAAGGUGCUUUGUAGGUUCCGGCCCUUGAAUCAGUCGGAGAUCAUACGGGGAGAUAAAUUCAUCCCGGUUUUCCAGGGCGAUGACACCGUCAUCAUUGGGGGCAAGCCUUAUGUCUUUGACCGAGUCUUCCCACCCAACACUACACAGGAACAAGUGUAUCAUGCUUGUGCCAUGCAGAUUGUCAAAGACGUGCUGGCUGGGUACAAUGGAACCAUCUUUGCCUAUGGGCAGACGUCUUCUGGAAAGACUCACACCAUGGAGGGCAAACUGCAUGAUUCCCAGCUCAUGGGCAUCAUCCCACGCAUUGCCCAGGACAUCUUCAACCACAUCUAUUCCAUGGAUGAGAACCUGGAAUUCCACAUUAAGGUUUCUUACUUUGAAAUCUACCUGGACAAAAUCCGUGAUCUGCUAGAUGUGACGAAGACCAAUCUCUCAGUUCAUGAGGAUAAGAACCGUGUGCCAUUUGUGAAGGGUUGCACUGAACGGUUUGUCUCCAGCCCUGAAGAAAUCCUGGAUGUCAUUGAUGAAGGAAAAUCCAACCGCCAUGUGGCUGUCACCAACAUGAAUGAGCACAGUUCCCGGAGUCACAGCAUCUUCCUUAUCAACAUUAAGCAGGAGAACAUGGAGACUGAGCAAAAACUAAGUGGGAAGCUUUACCUGGUGGAUUUGGCUGGCAGUGAAAAGGUCAGCAAGACUGGAGCUGAGGGAGCUGUGUUGGAUGAGGCCAAGAAUAUCAAUAAAUCUCUGUCUGCACUUGGGAAUGUUAUCUCAGCUCUGGCUGAGGGCACAAAAAGCUACGUGCCCUACCGAGAUAGCAAGAUGACCCGCAUCCUGCAGGACUCCCUCGGUGGGAACUGCCGCACAACAAUGUUUAUUUGCUGCUCUCCUUCCAGCUAUAAUGAUGCUGAGACCAAAUCUACUCUCAUGUUUGGACAGCGGGCCAAGACAAUCAAGAAUACAGCAUCAGUGAAUCUGGAAUUGACAGCAGAACAAUGGAAGAAGAAAUUUGAGAAGGAGAAGGAGAGGAACAAGACCCUCAAAGAGACAAUUGCCAAGUUGGAGGCUGAGCUAGGACGUUGGCGUAAUGGUGAGAAUGUCCCAGAAACAGAGCAGUUGAGUGAUGAGGAGAAGGUGGUACCUGAUACUUGUGAUGAGACACCCAUUAAUGAUAACAACUCCUCCAUUGUCAUCCGGAUCUCCGAUGAGGAGCGGCAUAAGUAUGAGGAGGAGAUCCGCAAACUCUACAAGCAGCUUGAUGACAAGGAUGAUGAAAUUAAUCAGCAGAGCCAAUUGAUGGAGAAACUAAAGGAGCAGAUGCUGGACCAGGAGGAGCUGCUAAUGUCCACUCGUGGGGACAAUGAAAAAGUGCAGCAGGAACUAAGCCAUCUGCAGUCUGAGAAUGAUUCUGCUAAGGAAGAGGUGAAGGAAGUACUACAAGCUCUGGAGGAACUGGCUGUCAAUUAUGAUCAGAAAUCCCAGGAAGUAGAAGAUAAGAAUCAGCAGAAUCAGCUAUUGGUGGAUGAGUUGUCUCAGAAAGUGGCCACCAUGUUAUCUUUGGAAUCAGAGUUGCAACGCCUACAGGAAUUCAGCGCACACCAGCGCAAACGCAUUGCUGAGGUCCUCAAUGGCCUUAUGAAAGAUCUGAGUGAAUUCAGCGUCAUUGUGGGCAAUGGUGAGAUCAAACUGCCAGUAGAAAUUAGUGGUGCCAUUGAGGAGGAAUUUACUGUUGCCCGGCUCUACAUCAGCAAGAUCAAAUCAGAAGUGAAGUCAGUCGUGAAACGUUGCCGUCAGCUGGAAGGUCUUCAAGUUGAGUGCCACCGCAAGAUGGAGGUGACAGGACGGGAAUUAUCUUCUUGCCAGCUUCUCAUUUCUCAGCAUGAAGCCAAGAUCCGUUCACUUACUGAGUACAUGCAAAGUGUGGAGCUGAAGAAACGGAACCUGGAAGAAUCCUAUGAUGCUCUGAGUGAAGAUUUGGCUAAAUUGCAGGCCCAAGAGACUGUGCAUGAAGUAGCCAACGAGCAGGACCUGAUACAAGAUACAGAUGAAGUCAAAAAGGCCUUGGAAGUGCAGCUAGAGAGUCACCGUGAAGCCCACCACAAACAGUUGGCACGCCUACGUGAUGAGAUCAACCAGAAGCAGAAAAUCAUCGAUGAGCUUAAAGACUUAAACCAGAAGUUAGAACUUGAACUGGAGAAACUUCGUGCUGACUAUGAGAAACUCAAGAACGAGGAGCAAGAGAAAUCACAAAAGCUUCAGGAGCUGACAUUUCUCUACGAGCGCCAUGAGCAGUCCAAGCAAGACCUCAAGGGGCUGGAGGAGACCGUUGCCCGUGAACUCCAGACCCUCCACAACCUUCGCAAGCUGUUCGUUCAAGACGUCACGACUCGAGUUAAGAAAAGUGCGGAGUUGGAACCCGAGGACAGUGGGGGGGCUCAUUCCCAGAAACAGAAGAUUUCCUUUCUUGAGAACAACCUGGAACAGCUUACAAAAGUUCACAAACAGCUGGAUCGCUGGGUCUCCAAGCUGGUUCGUGACAAUGCAGAUCUGCGUUGUGAGCUUCCUAAACUGGAGAAACGUCUUCGGGCUACGGCUGAGAGAGUUAAGGCCCUGGAGGGUGCACUGAAGGAAGCCAAGGAAGGGGCAAUGAAAGACAAGCGCCGCUACCAGCAGGAGGUAGAUCGCAUCAAGGAAGCGGUGCGCUACAAAAACAGCAUGAAGCGCAACCACUCUGCGCAGAUUGCUAAACCAGUGCGACCAGGGCACUAUCCAGCUUCAUCCCCGACCAAUCCUUACGGUGUCCGUAAUUCUGAUUGCAUCAGCUACACCAAUAGCCUCUUCCAGAAUUAUCAAAAUGCUUACCUGAAUUCUGGCAGCACUGUGCCUGACAGCUACUUUACAAAUGCACCUUCCAGCAGUGGAAGCAGCUCUUCAGGUGCCCCUCUGACCUCCUAUCAGAAGCUCAAUAUGGAUAAUGGAAAUGCCACAGACAUCAAUGAUAACAGAAGUGACCUGCCUUGUGGUGUUGAAGCUGAUGAGCAAGCCAAGCUCUUUCCCUUUCACCAGGAGACUGCAGCCAGCUAA